AUGGAUCCCAAGUUAAUAAAAGAGAGGGAGGCAUUCCUCCGUCAUGCAAAAAGUGCAAUUGUGGUUGAGAAACCGCGCACUGUUCCUGCAUCCGCCUUGAGCUCUCAGGCCGUCACGGCGUAUUCUGCUAUUCGACCGCAUAUAUCCACCACCAGAGAUUAUCUUGCCAUGGAUUUGCGGCCGCAAAACCAGGGGAAAUUUAAACUUCUCUCUUGUGUCGUCAAGUAUAUGAAGACUCGUCAUCUUGAGGGUGACUUUCAUCCACUUGCAGUUGAGGAAAUUCUAGAAGAACUGACACUCCUCGAUCAACCGAAAUCUGAUAUUAAGUGGCUCGAGGAGGAGGCUCUUCCUAACAAUCCUAAGAUAAAAAUGACUGCUGAUAAGAAGUUCGUCUUCAAACCGAAGUAUGAUAUUCGAAACCGAAAUGACUUGUAUCAGCUGUUAAAAACUCAUGAGUUAAAGGGAUUGGGUGGCAUUUAUUUUGACGACGUGGAUGAAGCAAUUAAGGAUGCGGAUAAAGUUGUUAAGAGCCUUGGCGAUACUGUUCUACAAAUUGUAACUCCACAUGACAAGAAAACUGUCCUCUUUUUUAACGACAAAUCUUUUGAUCUGAAUGUGGAUGAGGAAUUUAAACAGCUUUGGCGGACUGUGAGUGUCGAAGGUGUGAAUGAGGGUAAAAUUGAGGAAUAUCUUCAGAGAAACGGCAUUACUUCAAUGUCUGCCGAUAAGAAAACCUUCGUAAGCCGUUUUUACUUUCAUUAUUUUCUUUUUGCUUAA